GAGCAAGAUGGCUGCGAAAACCAGCGAGACCCCAACAUGGCAUCUCGCAGAGAGCGAGCCUCUGAGCGACCCGCCAGAGGGCGAUCGGGCGACCAAGAAUAACGAGGAACACCUGCCAAAGCCAGAGCCAGAACCAAAGCCAGAGUUGCCGUUGUCGUUCUUGGAUUUCCUCGACAAGCAAGGUCUCUCUCCAGCAGAGUAUAUUCUCGACAAAGACCAUCCGAUUCUGCGGUCGAUCAGAGUCAAUCCCAGAACAGCAAGUGAUCUGACGCAAAGUCAGCUCGAAGCAUGUCUCGGGACUGCUGUUGUUCCUGUGGCAUGGCUGCCUGGAUUCUAUCAGUUUGAUCCGAGCAUCAAAAUAGCACACUUGCCGCUUUACAAGGAAGGCAAGAUAUAUGGCAUCGAUGUCUCCAGUGGAGUUGCCGUGCACGCUCUUGAUAUCAAGCCUACCGACCAGGUUCUUGAUUUAUGUUGCGCCCCUGGUGGCAAGCUUUGCUUUAUUGCUGAUCUACAGGGUACUGGACCCGGGACAGUGACCGGGGUCGACAUCGAGGCACACCGGCUUGCGACAUGUCGGAGUCUCACCAAGAAGCAUAAGCUCGAGCGGGUGAGGCUGUUUCUGGCUGACGGCACGACAUUCAACGUGCAUGCACCAUCUGCAGUCGGCAAGCAUCGUAUCUACAAAGAAGUGGAGCCAGUCAUGCCACGAAAGAGGCCAUGGACUGAAGACGAUCCUGAAGCCAAGGUCGCUCCGACAAACGAAAAUCUCACCAAGCGAGUCAAACCCUUCCACGCUACACGCCUGCUCCGAUCCGAUCCCCAGCUCCAGCAUCCCGAUCUGCUCUAUGACAAAGUUUUGGUUGACGCCGAGUGUUCUCACGAAGGCUCUAUCUUCCAUAUCCAAAAGUUUGAUCGCGUUGGAUGGGACAACUUUGAGACCAAGUUCAACAAUCCCGAGCGCAUCCGCACUCUCGAGAGUCUGCAGCAAGGGCUAAUAUCAAAUGGAUUCAAAAUGCUCAAGCCCGGCGGCAUCAUGGUCUACAGCACAUGUAGUUUUGCCUGUCAGCAAAACGAAUCUAUCGUCGCCUGGCUUCUCGAGCAAUGUCCGGAUGCUAUUCUGGAGGCCAUACCUGGUGUCGACAAACUUCCAGUCGCGCCGACGCUGGCUGCCAAGUUCAAGAACGUCGACUUGCGCCACGUUGUUCGCUUUAGCCCCAGAUGCUCCCAGACGAGCGGCUUCUUUGCAGCCAGAAUACGGAAGAGGGCGCCUAGUGGUGACCAAGCCAGCGGCGACCAGGCCAGCCACGACCAGUCUGGUGACGAUCGGCCGGGUGUACCAUCCCGAAUCCGCUCAAGCGGCGCGGGUUAUCCGGAGGCCAUACAACCAACAUCUGCGAAAUGAACGGAUUGCUCCCGUUUUGAGCCCAAAGUUCGCCUUUUUCUGUUUGGGUGUUGAAUACAUCUGCUGAUCCGGUAGUCCCAAAUGCAUCGCCAUGCGUUGCUUGGAAACCAGGCCCAG